AUGAUUCGUCAUCUCCAAAACAUCAAUUGGAAACGGUUUUUAUUGGGAACCUAUGACAAGGCCAAUAUUGUCCCAGGUUUUCUCAACUUGCUCACUUUGUGUAUGAUUGUAUUAAUUCUCACAGCCAUUUCAACAGCAUUUACAAGCGAACAUCAAUAUUCAAUUCCGAUAUGGUUGAUGGUCGUGAGUGGUGUGAGUUUUGUGUGUGCACAAUAUUCUCUCGUUUCACAUGCUUUGGCUUUUUUGAUUGUUUUCAUGUUAUUGAAUGCUGCUUGUUUGGGAUUUAUUUGUUAUCAAAUGUAUGUGAUCAAUUCGACCACGUUGGGUGUGUUGUUUAGUUUUUUGGGAAUAGGUCAAUUGAAGGCGAUUGAAAUUUGGGGAUUAUUUUGGUUGGAGAUGAAACAAGAGAGACAACAAUCGGGUACCAAUGAUGAAAUUCAUGAAGUGGAUCCUCAAGAUCAACACCAAAUAUUGGAGGAUGAAGAGGAGAGAAUUUAA